CACCCUCGAGGCCAGCAGCGGCGCGGUGAGCAUCCCGGACGUGGGGGGCCCGGUGCUGAGGCAGCUGGUCUCCUACCUGUACACCCUGCGGGCCCCCCAGCUGCCCGGCAUGGCCCCCCAGCUGCUGGCCGCAGCGGAUAAAUACGGGGUGUCGCGGCUGAAGGCGGAGUGCGAGCGGCAGGUGGCCGCUCAGCUGACCGUCGAGACCGCGGCGGCCGCGGCCGUCCUCGCAGUCCGCCACUCCUGCGGUGACCUCAAGCAUGCUGCACUGGCGUUCAUUAAGACCUGUCCGUUCGAGGUGAUGGCCACUCAGGGGUGGGCAGAUGCGAUGCUUCAUCAACCAAAAGACUUGAUCGAAGUGAGCCGGUUGCUGUAUGAUCCACCACCAAAAAGCAGCCCACCAGCCGCUGCACAGCUGAGGCCCACCACCACCACCACCGCCACCACCACCACUGCCGGCACAACCCGCCAGACUGCUGCUGCUGCUGCUGCUGCUGCUGCUGCUGCACCGCCCACGACUCCUGCACCUGAUGACGCCACUGUCUCUCGCUUGCGGAGCCUCUCUGCUAAGGAGAGGGGCUGGAAGCUGGUCCAGGCGGCUGACCGGGGGGCAGUGGGGGAGCUGAGGGCGCUGAUCGCCGCAGGGGCCGACGUGGCGGCGAGGGACGGGGGUGGGGAGACCGCCCUGCACUGUGCAGCGCUCAGGGGAGACGUCGAGGCGGCGAGGCUGCUGGUGGGGGCGGGGGCGGCGGUGGACGCCAGGGAUGACGGUGGGUGGACGCCGCUGCAUCACGCGGCACUCAGUGGCCGCGCAGAAGUGGCGGCUGAGCUGCUCGUCGCGGGGGCCGACAGGGGGGCCACAACUCGUCGUGGGGAGACAGCGCUGGACAUCGCCAGGGAGUGGAACAGGAGGCGGCUGGUGGAGAUGCUGUCAUGA